AUUAAUAGUAGAAUUUAACCAAUAUUUUUUAUGAAUAUCUAAGAAUUGUUGUUCUCUAUAUUAACUUACAAAAUAAAAACGGAGGAAAGGAAAUGAGGGUUGUGGCUAUCAGCCUCUUCAAAAUAAAAACUUGCAUUGUGUUGGUUGUCGGUCAUAGUACACUUUUAUGAAAAGUCUUGUCCUCUUGCUUCCCACUCCACAUGGUGCCAUAUCUCAUCUUGAGAUAUUCUCCACAUAUAUCCCUGAUUUUGUUAGAAGCUUCAUUGUUGCUCUUCUUCUCUACCAAAAUAUUAGCAUGUCAUAUUUAAAAGCAAAACUCCCAUUGUUUGGUCACCUAAUGCCCACUUUUGCAUUAUUUCUUAUUCUAUUCCCUGGUGCUUCUCUCGCUAGGCAUCUUUUUAACCAGGACUGCGGCUCUACUUUCUGUGGGAAUUUGAAUAUCAGUUAUCCAUUUCGAUUAAAAAACCAACCUCCUCAAUGUGGCUGUUAUGAACUGGAACUUGCGUGUGAGAAUAACAACCGCACCACUUUGGUUUUGAGAGAAGGGAAAUUCGUUGUCCAAAAUUUUUUUUACGAAAAUAAAACAAUCCAAGUGAUGGAUUCAAAUCUGGAUAAGAAUGAUUGCAACUCCCUUCCUCUUAGUUCCAUAUAUUUCAAGUAUUUAGAUGGACAAUUGUAUUCCGUUUUUUCUUCUCCUCAUUAUUAUUCUCAUUCUCAUCAUUAUUAUACUUCUUAUUAUUAUUAUAGUAGAGAGUUAGAGGCUAGCAUUAUGUAUGUUGUGAAUUGCUGGAAACCUAUAAAAUCAUCUCAAUAUAUUGAUGCCUCUCGUUGUAUCACCAAAUCCAAUAUCUCUUUUCCUCCAACUUUCUUCUAUUUUUUAGACAGAAAUACAGUGCAGAAUCUCAAUCAAGCUUGCACCGUGGAAGCGGAAGUUCCAAUUAUGGUUAAAAGUAUAUCAGGCAUGCCUACGUUGGCUAUCUACAAUAAGCUAUCUCAGGGUUUUUACCUUUCAUGGUAUGAGAACCCAUACUUGGAACUUUCUGGAUUGCGAUAUGUGAUGUUUUGCUUUGGACUUUGUCUUAAUGAAAUUGGUAUGCAUAUGGUCUCACUUUUAUAUAUAUCGUACUGCAGAAUGCGAUAUAUGAUGUUUUGUUUGGAACUCUGCCUUUACGGAAUAGGUUUUUCCAUCAUCUUGAGGCUCUUCUUUGGGAUACCUUGUUUGCUUGUGCUUGUAAUAUAUAAAUGGAGAAGAAGACAUUUAUCUAUAGAUGAUAAAAUUGAAGAGUUCCUUCAAAGCCACGAUCUAGCUCCAAUUAGAUACUCUUUCAAAGAAGUUAAAAAAAUGACUAAAAAUUUUAAAGAUAAAUUAGGUGAAGGGGGUUAUGGGUCGGUGUUUAAAGGAAAGCUUUGUAGUGGACAUCAUGUGGCAAUAAAAUUGUUGUGCACAUCAAAGGGUAAAGGCCAAGAUUUCAUCAAUGAAGUUGCUUCUAUUGGAAGAAUUCAUCAUGCUAAUGUGACAAAACUUAUUGGAUUUUGUGUGGAGGGAUCAAAACAAGCUCUCGUGUAUGAUUUCAUGUCAAAUGGAUCGUUAGAUAAAAUCAUAUUUUCUAAAGAAAAAAAUAACACUUUAGAUUGGAAAAAACUAUUUGAUAUUGUGCUUGGGGUUGCUCGAGGAAUCGACUACUUUCAUCACGGAUGUGACAUGCAAAUUUUACAUUUUGAUAUCAAGCCACACAACAUUCUUCUGGACGAGAACUUUAACCCAAAAGUUUCAGAUUUUGGUCUUGCUAAGUUGUACUCAGCAAAUGAGAGCAUUGUCUCUCUCACUACAGCACGAGGAACAAUAGGAUAUAUUGCUCCUGAAUUGGUUUACAAAAAUCUUGAAGGCAUUUCAUACAAAGCUGAUGUUUACAGUUUUGGAAUGUUGGUGAUGGAAAUGGUUGGAAGGAGAAAGAAUUUUAAUGCAUUUGUUGACCACACUAGCCAAAAAUAUUUUCCAUCUUGGAUUUAUGACCAGUUAGAUCAAGGAGAAGACAUAGAGUUGGAAGAUGUUUCUAAUGAUGAAAAGUAUCUCGAUAAGGAAGAUGAUAAUAAUGACCUUUUGGUGUAUACAAUUAUUGCCUUCGAUCGUCCUUCAAUGAAUGAAGUGUUGAAGAUGCUUGAAUCUAAUGUUGAACUCCUUGAGAUGCCUCUAAAGCCAUUUCAUCAACUUCCUCUUGAAACAUCAAUGGAGGUUCAUAGCUGUAAAAACUCUAAUGAUGAGGAAAGUAGGUCGUUGGAUGUUGUUACUAUAACCGCUUUUAAUGUUGUUUAAGAUUGGAAACAUUUC